AUGACAUCCUAUGUGACUGUGACAAAGUAUCUGCACAUGUGGCACAAAGUAUGCAGACCCUGCAUAGCUCCCACUGUUGUAGGAGUGGCACAGUCUGCAACUGGUCUAUUUCAGGACAAAGCUGCAAAGAUCGAAGGUCAUCGCAAUACCGAAAGGUUCCUGUACAGACAUGUGGCAGAAAUUGUGAAUUUGGAAAGUGUAAUUGAAGGACCUUUGGAUAUCAUUGGGGGUCAUGAUGUAGAGAGUCAUUCAAGGCUUUACAUGCCAUGUAUUCAAGUUAACGAAAAACAUAGUUGUGGUGGAGCAUUGAUUGAACCUCAGUGGGUAUUGACUGCAGCACGUUGUAAUACAAAAGUGGAAGAACUGGAAGUGGUUCUUGGAGCUCAUUCACUUUCCAAGCAAAAAACAAAACAGAAAAUAAAGGUGAUGAAAAUGUUUCCACAUCCAAACUUCAAAAUAAUUAACUGGCUGAACUUUUACCUUUCUCUGUUGCAGUUGAAGAAUAAGGCCAUUCUAAACAAGCUUGUCUCGACUCUAAAGCUGCCUAAAUCAACAAAAAGUGUCAAACCUGGAACCAAAUGCAGUGUUGCAGGAUGGGGAGAAACUAAUGCAGCUAACUUGCAUUCUGAUACCCUAAAGGAAGCAAACUUGACUGUCAUGGAAGUGAAAAUCUGCAAGAAAAUAUAUUCACUUAAUCUCACAAAAAACUUGGUAUGUGCUGGUGAUAAAAACCAGCGACAGGAUGUAUGUCUGGGUGAUUCUGGUGAUCCACUAUUAUGUAAAAAGAAAUGGCCUAGUCAAACUGUGUACAGUGGCAUUGCUUCAUUUGGAAGUCCCUGCAAGGAUUACACCAAACCUGGUGUUUAUACACAUUUAUCAAACAAAUAUCUCUCUCGGAUCAAGAACAUAAUGCAAAAUGAAUAA